AUGUCAUUAAUUCCAAAUGAAUAUAAUGAUCUAACCAGUCAUCAAAAUUGCACUAGUACUUUAUUAAAUGAGUUAAUUGAUUCAUUAAAAUUAAUAGAAAACUGUGCCAGUUGCAAAGAACUCAAAAGAAAAAAUUAUUUUGAUUUUUUUUAUAAAUCAUUAAGUAAACUAAAAAAAUUUUCAGAUAAAUUAGAAAAAGAAAAAGAUCAUAGGCCAGAUGUGCAUACAAUCUGGGAAUUAGAAAAAAAAAUUAUUGAAUUAGCAGAAGCUAAACGACAAGAGAUUAUCAAUUCAGAAAAAUAUUUGGAUCCUGAUAUAAAUACAUUAUACAACUCAUUAAAUGAAUCAUUCAACAUCAUAAUGCCAAAUGGAUACAGUGAUACUCAUCUAACCAAAAAAAAAAUUAUUGAAUUAGCAGAAGCUAAACGACAAGAAAUUAUCAAUUCAGAAAAAUAUUUGUCAGACACAAAGAAUUACAAGCAUCAUCCAGAAUCAGUUUAUACAAGCCAUCUACUAAAUGUGUCAAUAAAGCAAGCUGGAACAUCAUAUAUUUCAUCAACAGAAUUAGUUCAGCAUGGUAGAGUUAAGAUGACAAAUAAAAGAAAUUGUAAUAAAACCAAAACUGGACACAAAGUCCCACCUACUCCCACUCCAGCAAAAAAGAAAAUUGACAGAUCUUCUUCUCCUUCUGGUUCACCAACUGUUUUUUGUUCCUAUUCAACUCCUAAACUCACUGUUAAUACAUCUAUGGAAAUGAUGGAUACAAAAUCCAUCUCUUCUGACAAUACAAUCUCUCCCCAAGCCAUCAUACUAACUUCCACAACUCAAAAUCCCUUCCAUAAUGUUACAUCAAAUGUUACACUUAAUGUUGCACAUGCUGCACCAAAUGUUGCACUUAAUUUAGAUACAAACACAGAUGAUCUAAUCACCAAUGCUAACACCAACAACACUGAUGAACAGGAUUCAUCUGAUAUAGAUAUUGUUAUGGAUAAUCAAGAUCAAAAAUUAAAAAAACAUAUGCAGAAACAAUUACACCAAAAAAUAAAAAUAGAUCAACAGAUAACCAGAUAUUCAUCUCUUCUCAUCAAUCAUCCCUCACAAUGA